AUGUCUCUUCCAUACUUAAAAGGAAAUUGUACCAGGUACCAAAAUUUAAUUGAAAAGGAGAUAAGCAAAAGUGGAGCUCUCGUUUCCCAGGAUGCCAUGGAAGAAGAUAUAUCCGAACUACUUCGUCAGGUGGAAUCAUCGACAAGGCGACUUAAGGACUUCAGUGGUAAAUUGGAAGAAAAUAUAGAGAAGUGGUCCCUGUCUGUAGAAAGCAAAGAAGUUGACCAAGGUGAAGUAGAUAAAUUUACAGGUGAUAGUGAAAGGUUAUUUGCAUUAUUAGCUGAAGCAGCUGAACACAUAGAUCAACUUAUGAUGCUGGAGAGGAGUUUACAGGAGAGAAUAACUACUGUGAAAGCUACACGGCAAACUACUGAUUCAAGACUUGAUCAUAUUGUAUUUUUACAAGAAAAAAUGCAAGAACAGAUACUACAAUUUCAAGAACUACAACUUCAUCAGUCCCAAUUUCAUACAGCACCACAAGGCCCUUUAGCUGUAAGGCUUCCAAAACUGGAACUACCCUCCUAUAAUGGAGACAAGAUCAAAUUUAAAGAUUUCUGGGAUGCCUUUGAUGCUACAAUCAACAGGAAUAGUAAGCUCUCUAGGAUUGAGAAAUUCAACUAUCUUCAGAGCAAACUCACAGGAGAAGCCAAGGCAGCUAUUUCAGGAAUUUCGCUCUCGCAUGAAAACUAUGAUGUAGCCAUUGAUAUCAUACAGGAGAGAUUUGGGGAUGCACAGUCAGUGAUCAAUAAACAUUAUAUGGAACUGAUCAACAUACAGCCUGUGACAAAUGAUACAUUGAGUUUGAGGAGACUAUAUGAUGACCUUGAGAAACACAUGAGAAGCUUAGAAGCAUUGCGUCAAGAUGUAAACCAGGAUGUGUUUGUGUCAAUGAUAACUUCGAAGUUACCUAAGGAAACACUGCUGCAGCUUGAAAUACAGAAAGGAAGUAGAGACAAAUGGACUGUUAAGAAACUAAGAGACUUGUUUAAAGCUUAUGUCACAGCAAAGGAAUCUACAGAAUUUCAAGCUUCAGAUGCUCAUAAUCAUGUGGAAAACCAUGCAACAGCAGAGGCUUUAAUGAUAUCCACUAAAGAGUCAAAGGAAAGAAGAAAUGCAUCAAGUGCAAAGUCUCCAGUGUGCAGUUUUUGUAAUGGAUAUCAUUGGACUGAUGAGUGCAGAAAGUACAGAACCAUAGAAGACAGAAAACAAAGAAUUAAAGGGAAAUGCUAUAUAUGCUUAAGACCUGGACACAGAAUUAAAGACUGUAGAGUUGUGAAACCAUGUUUUCAUUGCAGAGAGAGUAGGAAUCACCAUAGAAGCCUGUGUCCAAAGAAAUUUCCACAUCAGAGAGAUGAAUCCACAAGGCUGGAAAAAUCAACACAGAAAGAAACAUCUUGUUUAGCAGACGAGUCACACAAAGAGAAACAUUCCACAGCAGAAUCAUUACAGGAAAGCAGUAUGUUUACAUCAGGGGAUAUUGUGUUGAUGCAGACUGCCCACACAGAAGUGUCUAAUCCUGUUACAAACAAGAAGGAAGCUGUCCGGAUUUUAAUGGAUUCUGGAUCCCAGAGAACAUACAUUACAGAGGAUCUAGCAAAGAGAUUAAACUUUAGAAUGGGUCAAACUGAAGAAAUUUCAUUGAUUACAUUCGGUGCUGACAAACUAAAGCGAGUGAAAACUCCACAAGUCAUCUUGAAGAUGAAACUUAAAGAAGAAGAAUUUAUGACAAUCAAUGCCAAUGUUGUGCCGAAAAUCACAGGAACUAUACUGAGAAGACCCAUACCACAAAUUGCCAGGGAAAAGUUGUUUAGCUUGUGUAGACAUCUCCAGAUGUCUGAUACUAUUCCAACAGCCUUUGAAGAUUCUAGAGUAGACAUACUCAUUGGAAAUGAUUAUUACCUUGAUAUCAUCUCAUCUGAGAAAAUAGGGGUACAGGAAGGACUGUAUUUAUUAGGAUCCAAACUUGGGUGGAUCAUAACAGGAAGGACUCACAGCAGUAAUGAUGAGAGAAAAGAACAUCAGAUGAUGAUAGCAAAUGGAUUACUGUCAAUUACAGAGUGCUGUCUGCGUUCUUCAGAGAGAUGUUUGCCAGUGAAACCUCUACUUGAAGACUUUUGGAAUUUAGAGACUAUAGGAAUUAAAGACUCCCCCUAUACAUCAGAUGAUGAGGUAGCACUGAGAAAUUUUAAUAGCACCUUAGAGAUGGGAAACAAUAGGUAUCAUGUCACUUGGCCAUGGAAGAGUUCAUGUCCAGAACUUCCUGAAAACAGAGAACUUGCGUAUGGAAGGUUCAAGUCACUUGUACACAAGAUGCAAAGCAAGCCAGACUUCUUACAAAAAUAUGAUGAAAUUAUCCAGGAUCAGUGUACAAAGGGAAUUAUAGAGAAAAUUCCUCACAGUAGUGAAGAAACAGGAAUAAAGCAUUAUAUCCCACAUCAUGCAGUUAUCGACCCAACGAAGCCAACCACAAAAGUUAGGAUCGUAUAUGAUGCUUCAGCAAAGUCGAAACAGAGUAACCUCAGUCUCAAUGAAUGUCUACACAGAGGACCUGUUAUGCUACAGGAUUUAUGUGGACUACUGUUGCGCUUCAGAAUGAAUAGGAUAGGAAUUGUAGCUGACAUAGAGAAAGCUUUCCUGCAAGUUGGAUUGCAAGUCAAAGACCGAGAUGCCACCAGAUUCUUUUGGUUGAAGGAUGUGAACACCCGGAGCAUAGAAAACAACACUCAAGUAUACCGAUUUUGCAGAGUGCCGUUUGGUGUAAUAUCCAGUCCAUUUCUUCUGGCAGCAACUAUUGACCAUCACCUCUCUAUGUACAACAGUGAAACAGCUGAAAAUAUUAGAAACAAUAUCUACGUCGACAAUGUAAUCACUGGAGUAGAUACUGUUACAGAUGCAGAAGUUCUAUACAAGGAUAGUAAAGAGAUAUUUAGUGCUAUGUCAAUGAACCUCAGAGAUUGGGCUUCAAACAACAAGGAAUUUUACAACUCCAUUCCAAAAUCAGAUCAGUCUGUGAGAGAGAAGAUGAAGAUCUUAGGAUUGACAUGGAUCCUCACUGAUGAUACACUUGCAGUACCAUGUUUGAAAUGUGAAACAGAAGUCAUGCCAGUUACAAAAAGAGAAGUACUGCAGCGAGUGGCAUCUAUAUAUGACCCACUUGGAUUUUUCACUCCAGUGACUUUAAAGACAAAGUUAUUUCUCCAGAUGUUGUGGAGGAAGAAUUUAGAUUGGGAUGAACAGCUUACAGAAGAAGAUGUUCAGCAAUGGCAACUUAUAUCUACAGACCUACAAGAUAUUCCACAGUGCCACAUGCCAAGAUACAUUGGACUGCCAGGAUAA